AUGUCACAACCUCCUGGAUUUGUGAAAAAGAAUCAAGAAGGGAUGGUGUACAGGUUACAUAAAGCAUUGUAUGGACUCAAACAAGCUCCUAAAGCUUGGAAUCUGAAAAUUGAUUCAUUUUUCAAGCUUCAAGGAUUCAGAAAAUGUGAGAUGGAAUAUGGGGUUUAUGUUCAGUAUACUUCUAAAGGCAAUAUGAUUCUGGUGUGUCUCUAUGUUGAUGACAUAGUGCUAAUAGGGAGUUGUUCAGAUGAGAUAGUCAAGUUCAAGAAGGUGUUGAUGAAUGAGUUUGAGAUGACUGAUCUGGGAAAUAUGGUAUAUUUACUAGGGAAGGAGAUUAUGUACUCUGAGAAGGGUAUAAUUUUGCAGCAGCUGAAGUAUGAACUUGAACUUCUGAAGAGAUUUGAGCUAACGAAUUGCAAGACUGCAAUCACACCUGCUGAGACAAAUCACAAGUUGGAUUUUGAUGUUGAGAGUGAUGAUGUAGAUGCUACAACUUUUAAAGAGUUGGUUGGCAAAUUGAGAUAUCUUUGUAACACCAGACCUGACAUUUUUUAUGCAGUUGGAAUGGUGAUUAGGUUUAUGAACAAGCCAAAGUGGUCACAUUACCAAGCUACUGUGAGGAUACUGAGGUAUAUUAAGGGGACUCUGAGGUAUGGGGUUUUAUUCCCUUCAGAUGUUAAAUCUGACUCAGAGCUUAUAUGUUAUUCAGACUCUGAUUGGUGUGGAGACAGAGUUGACAGAAGAAGUACUUCUAGAUAUUUCUCCAAGUAUCUGGAAAGUCUCAUUUGUUGGUGCUCAAAGAAGCAACCUAUGAAUUUGAAGAUUAAGGUGAGCAUGCCUAUGAGCACUCAGAAGCAACUUGCAGAUGUGUUGACUAAAGCUGUCAAGAUUGAACACUUUAUCCAUUUGAGGGAUGAAAUUGGUGUUGUAUAG